AUGACAAAAGACAAAAGCAAUAAGAAGAAAUUCUACAAGCUGAAUCUCGCAGAGUUGCCAGACGAUCUCUUUGAUAAAUCUGUCCCAGUUUCCAAAUGGCUCGACUUGGCAACCUGCGUGGAAGACAAAUUCCCUCCGAAUUCAUUGAACAAGACGCCGCCCAUUGAUCGACAAGUUGAGAUCGAAAGAACUGUAGGGAUCACGCUGUACAUGCUGGGGAAUGUUCUUCCAUUUGCGCUUCCCAUGCUCUCCUUUGCGGCACUUUUGUCAGACAUUGGGUAUCUGUGUCUGAAGUGCUUCCUGGUCUACUUUGGAGCCUUGUUUUGCCUCAACAAGUACUACUUUUUGCCAAUCUUUGUCAAGAAAUACAAACGCAAGAAAUACUUGUCAGAUACCGACUAUGCGGACAAUCAAUACCUAUACACCGAACGAAACAAUCAAAAGUACAUGAACUCGCAGUUUGUCUGGCCUGAAUCCUUACAUCGUCCGUUGAUGGAAGAAAAGAUGGGCAAGAGUCAACUACACCAGCCGAUGAUAUUUUGCGCUAUUCCCCAUGGAGCCGCCCCACUAGGCAUAACAGCAUAUCCCGUUUGGUCCAAACUCUUCAACAAUCGAUUGUGCCAUUGGACGUGUGCUCCAGUGGUCCUAAAGCUGCCAAUCAUCUCGAAUUAUAUGAGACAAAUUGGGUACAUUCCGGCCAAGUCGAGACACAUUUUGGAUACCCUCACCAAAAAGGAGGACAAUAUUGGAAUCAUUUUGGACGGGAUCGCUGGGAUGUUUCAAAGUCAUGAUGAGGUGGCUCACAUUCGAGCACGAAAGGGCAUUGUCAAGAUUGCCCUACGGGCCGGUGCACCACUCGUACCUGUUUAUGGAUUUGGACACACAUCGCUAUGGAAAGUCGUCGUUGAUCCGUUUGGAAUUUUGGAAAGACUGUCCGUCAAGAUGGAUAUAUCGCUAACACCAUUUUUUGGUCGAUUCGGUUGGUUCUUGGGUCCACCGCAACGGGUAGCAGUCGCCAUGUGCCUCGGUGAACCAGUGAGAUGUCCCAAGAUUGCGGAACCCACUCAAGCGGAUAUUGAUAAGUAUCAUCAACAAUUGCUAGAUAGCUACAAGGAAGUCUUUGAACAGCACAAGGAGGCGUACGGUUGGGGAGACAGGGAGCUACAAUUUGUAUAG